GCUUCUUUCACCACACACUCCCAGGAAAGACUGUUGGUCUACUUGAAUAGCUAGCUCUCCUUGCAUUCUCAUUGUUAGACCCAACAUGUCUGAAGACCAGGAUUUAAUGGCUAAGAUCAGCCAGCUUGCUGGUCAGAUCAAUCGACACAAGACUCAGAAUACCCCAUCCCCCGCUCCCUACGGCAAUGAAUCUCAUUCGAACCCAUAUGUAUCGCGGCACACUCGAGGACGACCCGGAUGGGCACCAUAUCGAGGCCGACCGUACGCGCGAGGGCGAGGCGGAGCCCCCCACCGACACCGUACCCUCAUCCUAAACAAUGCCUCCUCGGGAACGCCUGCGAGCAACACCCCUUCCGCUGGCGGCGCGUCUGAAAAUGACGGCGAGAGUCGAUCGAAUACGCCAAAUGGUUGGGUCGCCAAACACGACCGCCACAUGCAGCUCAUCAACUCGGCCAUCUACGACAAAGAGGCUCAGACCAGGGCGAAGGCGAUGGAAGAGAGUCGCAAAGCCAAAGCUCAGCGGAAGGCUCAGAUCGAACAGGCCAAGGUGCUCCGGUAUGCUCAGGGGGUUGGCAGACAAUAUCCAAGUCCUGCGAUUCCCAAGGCUUCUGCCACUGCCGAGCCGAUGGCAGAGUACCAGGUCUAUCUCAAUGACGUCCCGUUCCGAGUGUCGCGUGGUGGAGGAAAACUGAUUCGCGUCUCUGGUGCGACUCCCAUGUGUGCCCCGCUGGCCCAGAGGGCUGACUUACCGUCGGUAGAUGAUCCCAAUACGGCCAACAACACACCCAAGCGAGUAACGGUGGCUGGCGUGACGUUUGUGCGCAGCAAGAACGGCAACCUUCAUCGCCUUGGUGCAGUGACUUCGAAAAGGAAGCCGACGAUGGCAAGGAAGAAUGAACUUUGCAGCCGAUUUUCCACGACGGGAACGUGCUACAAGGGACCGAAUUGUCUCUACAUCCAUGACCCGAACAAAGUCGCCAUGUGCAAAGACUUCCUUCAAACUGGUAAUUGCAAUGCAGGUCUAAGUUGCGAUCUCUCCCAUGAGCCUUCGCCCCAUCGAUCCCCCACUUGUAUGCAUUUUCUUCGCGGCCGUUGCGUCAACCCGGACUGUCGCUAUGCCCAUAUCCGGCUGACUCCCGGCGCCCCCGUGUGUCGGGCCUUCGCCCACCUGGGCUACUGCGAGAAGGGUGCCGAGUGCGACCAGCGCCAUGUUCAUGAAUGCCCGGAUUAUGCCAACACCGGCGUCUGCAAUAAGAAACGGUGCAAGCUGCCGCACGUGGACCGGGCUGGACAGAUCCGCAAGAACACUGCUAAUAGUCGCACCGAGAGCACGAUCGACGAGGACGAGUCUGAUGCCUCUAGCGAGGACGAAGAGUAUGACCAGAUCGACUCGGAUGACGUUGACUCGGAUGAACUGGACGACGAGCCCGAGGAGCUGAUCGGAGGAGCCGGCGGCAGCGAGCUCUCACAGCAGCAAGACUAUAUCCGCCUCUAA